AGCGCUGCUCUCCUGUGCGCACAGAACUGCAGAGCUGAGCCUUGGAACCGGCGCUACUGCUGCUGUCUGACAAGCCCGCCGGGAAUGGAAACGUCUUCUGCUGCAACUCUGACAUUAUAAAGUACAUGCCAAGCAGGACGUUUGAGAAGGACGAUUUCAUCAGGCUGGUGGCAGACGGGGCUGAAGAUCAGGGGAUGAGGUUAUAAAAACGGCAGAAAAAGGAGACAAAAAGAAGGGAAAGUCAAUUGAUUGGAAACUCUUCUUUUGUAUCUUUGCACUCUGCAGUCGUAUAGGGAACUGAUUGACCCUGUAAAGGAUUAUACACACUAACACCCACUUACUCACACAUCCCGUCCCCACACCACCAUGCCCUCCCACAUAAAGCUACCCCUUCUAAUCCUCCUCACCCUCUUCCUUCUCCUCUCCCUUUCAACGACUUCCACCUCCCCCCUCCUCUCCUUUUCUCCACCAGAAGGAGGUCUCACACAUUUGGUGGUCCACAACAAAACUGGUGAAGUCUAUCUGGGUGCUGUCAACUGGAUCUACAAGUUGUCCAGCAAUCUCACCAAGCUCCGGAGCCAUGUUACUGGCCCUGUCACAGAUAACCCUCGCUGUUACCCUCCACCUGGUGUCCAGUCCUGCCCCCAUGAGUUAGUGCAGACUUCUAAUGUCAAUAAACUCCUGCUACUUGAUGCUGCCCACAAUCGCUUAAUUGCCUGUGGGAGUACUUCCCAGGGAAUAUGCCAGUUCCUGCGUCUGGAUGAUCUAUUCAAGCUUGGCGAGCCUCAUCACCGUAAAGAGCAUUAUCUGUCCAGCGUUGCUGAGGCAGGCACCAUGUCAGGUGUAGUGAUCUCCCCUGAUGUUUUUGGGGGUGGUGGGAAACUUUUUGUUGGCACCCCCAUUGAUGGAAAAUCAGAGUACUUCCCCACACUUUCAAGUCGCAAACUAAUGUCGAAUGAGGAGAAUGCUGACAUGUUCAGCUUUGUCUACCAGGAUGAGUUUGUCUCAUCUCAGCUCAAGAUUCCCUCAGACACACUCUCCAAGUUCCCAGCAUUUGACAUCUACUACAUCUAUGGCUUCAAUAGUGAACAGUUUGUGUAUUACCUCACUUUACAGCUUGACACUCAACUCACUUCUCCAGAUGCAAGCAGUGAACAAUUCUUCACCUCUAAAAUUGUCCGUUUAUGUGUUGACGAUCCCAAGUUCUACUCCUAUGUUGAAUUUCCAAUUGGCUGCACCAAAGACGGAGUGGAGUACCGCUUGGUUCAGGAUGCUUAUUUGGCCCGACCAGGGACCCGUUUGGCACGUUCACUUGGUAUUCAAGAGCAUGAGGAGGUUCUGUUUACUGUAUUUGCCCAGGGUCAGAAGAACAGGGCCAAGCCGCCCAAGGAGUCAGCUUUGUGUCUGUUUACAAUGAGACAGAUAAAGGAGAAGAUUAAAGAAAGGAUUCAGUCAUGCUACAGAGGAGAAGGAAAACUCUCCCUGCCCUGGCUACUCAACAAGGAGCUGGCCUGCAUCAACUCGCCACUGCAGAUAGAUGAUAACUUCUGUGGUCAAGACUUCAACCAGCCUCUAGGAGGCACCACCGCCAUCGAGGGUGCCCCACUUUAUGUGGACAAGGACGACGGCAUGACCUCUGUUGCAGCGUACGAUUACCGUGGGCACACUGUGGCGUUCACUGGCACUCGUGGUGGACGCAUGAAGAAGAUCGUGGUGAACUCCAUUUUCCAGCCUUCCUUGUUGUAUGAGAAUGUGGUGGUGAGCAAUGGGAGCCCCAUCCUCAGAGAUCUGCUCUUCAGCCCAGACCAUCAGUACUUGUAUGCCCUCACAGACAAACAGGUGACCCUUGUACCGGUGGAGAGCUGUGAGCAGUACACUUCAUGUGGAGCUUGUAUGGGAUCAGGAGACCCUCACUGUGGCUGGUGUGUGCUGCAUAAUGUAUGUUCAAGGAAGGAUCGCUGCGAGCGAGCAGAGGAGCCUCAGCGUUUCGCCACAAAAGUGGAACAGUGUGUCCGUCUUUCCGUCCAACCAAACACAGUCUCAGUGACUAUGUCAGAAGUACAGCUGGAACUUAAGACCCAGAAUGUGCCCAGCCUUUCUGCUGGAGCGAACUGCUCCUUCGAGGACUAUGUAGAGACAGAAGGACGGAUCUAUGGUGGACGCAUCAUCUGCCUGUCCCCUUCUACGAAAGAGGUUGCACCCAUCACAAGUGGCCAGGGAGAUCAACGUGUAAUAAAGUUGUAUUUGAAGUCAAAGGAAACAGGGAAGAAGUUUGCCAGUGUGGACUUUGUCUUCUACAACUGCAGCGUCCACCAGUCGUGCCUGUCGUGCGUAAAUGGAAACUUUCCCUGUCACUGGUGCAAAUAUCGUCACAUGUGCACGCAGGAUGCCAGCGACUGCUCCUUCCAGGAGGGACGAGUCAAUACCUCAGAGGAGUGUCCUCAGAUCCUGCCCUCCACCCAGAUCUAUAUUCCUGCUGGAGUUAUGAGGCCGAUCACCCUGCUGGUCCAGAACCUGCCCCAGCCUCAGUCUGGGCAGAGAAACUACGAGUGCAUCUUUCACAUCCAGGGCAACACUUACAGCGUCCCCGCGCUGAGGUUCAACAGCUCAAGCAUUCAGUGUCAGAAGACCAUGUAUGACUACGAGGGCAGUGAUAUCAGUGACCUACCUGUUGACCUCUCUGUGGUGUGGAAUGGAAACUUUGUGAUCGACAACCCAUUCAACAUUCAAGCUCACCUCUACAAGUGCAAAGCAUUGCGGGACAGCUGUGGAAUGUGCCUGAAGGCUGACCCCAAGUUUGAAUGUGGUUGGUGCGUGCAGGACAAGAAGUGUUCCCUGAGACAGAUGUGUGCAGGGGGAGGAAUUUCCCACCUCCCUCUGCAGCUAGCUGAAGGUGUAGGGUGGAUGCAUGCUACAUCUGGAAACAGCCGAUGUGCCCACCCCAAGAUAACAAAGUUAUUCCCUGAGACGGGGCCUCGUCAGGGGGGGACCAGGGUGACCAUCCUGGGAGAAAAUCUGGGUCUGCAGUUCAGAGACAUCCAGAUGGGGGUCAGGUUGGGGAAGGUGCCCUGUGUCCCUGUUGAGGAUGAGUACCUGAGUGCAGAGAGAAUUGUGUGUCUGCUGAAUGAUGCUACAGGCUACAGAGUGCAAGAAGCUCAGGUGGAGGUGUGUGUGAGAGACUGUGUGAACGACUACAGAGCCCUGUCACCAAGGCCAUUCACCUUUGUGACUCCAUACUUCACUCGCAUCCAGCCAUCUCAGGGGCCCAUUUCAGGCGGCACUCAAGUCACAAUCGAGGGAAGCUACCUAAAUGCAGGUAGCUACGUGUCUGUCAGGAUAGGACUGCAACCCUGCUACUUCAAAAAGAGGAGUGCCUGUGAGAUAGUGUGCGUCACACCAGCUGGAUUGGCUCCAGGUACUACUUCAGUUUUGGUGAAUAUUGAUGAUGCUGAGCUCAGAAACCCAGAAGUCAAGUUUAACUACACAGAAGACCCUACUGUUCUGAGGAUUGAACCUGAUUGGAGCAUUGCCAGUGGUGGGACUCUGCUGACAGUGAGUGGUACCAACCUCGCAACCAUUCGAGAGCCGAAGAUCAGGGCCAAAUAUGGGCAAGCAGAAUCCUUUCAUAACUGCACAGUGUAUAAUAACUCCAUCAUGGUGUGCCUCGCUCCAUCAGUGGCAGACUCAGAGCUUAGCUUUUCUGAGACUGGCACCGGUCCUGAUGAGAUCGGGUUCUACAUGGACAACGUGAACGCUCUGGUGGUGGUCAACGAGACGUUCAGCUACUACCCUGACCCUGUGUUUGAACCACUGAGUCCCUCUGGGGUCCUGGAGCUCAAGCCAACAUCCCCGCUUAUUCUGAAGGGCCGGAACCUGAUCCCAGCAGCUCCAGGUAACAGUCGCCUGAACUACACGGUGCUGAUUGGAGAAACUCCCUGCAUCCUCACCCUGUCUGAGAGCCAGCUGCUGUGCGAAUGGCCCAACCUCACCGGGCAACACAAAGUCACGAUCCGUGCUGGUGGGUUCGAGUACUCCCCAGGCACUCUGCACAUCUACUCUGACAGCCUGCUUACGCUUCCUGCCAUCAUUGGCAUCGGAGGAGGAGGUGGCCUGCUCCUGCUCGUCAUCAUUGCCGUGCUGAUAGCCUACAAGAGGAAAUCAAGGGACGCCGACCGCACCCUGAAACGUCUGCAGCUCCAAAUGGACAACCUAGAGUCCAGAGUGGCCCUGGAGUGUAAAGAAGCUUUCGCAGAACUUCAGACAGACAUCCAUGAGCUAACCCAGGAGCUGGAUGGAUCUGGCAUUCCCUUCCUGGACUACCGCACUUAUGCAAUGAGGGUCCUGUUCCCUGGGAUUGAGGACCACCCUGUGCUCAAGGAGAUGGAGGUACGGGUCCAGGCAAAUGUAGAGAAGGCACUCACACUGUUUGGCCAGCUGCUGACGAAGAAGCACUUCCUGCUAACAUUCAUACGAACCCUGGAGGCACAGAGAUCGUUUUCAAUGCGGGACCGAGGCAACGUGGCAUCUCUGAUCAUGACGGCCCUGCAAGGGGAGAUGGAAUACGCCACUGGGGUCCUCAAACAGCUGUUGUCUGACCUGAUAGACAGAAACCUAGAGAGCAAAAACCAUCCCAAACUGCUACUGAGGAGAACGGAGUCUGUCGCUGAGAAAAUGCUGACCAACUGGUUUACUUUCCUCUUGUAUAAGUUCCUCAAGGAGUGUGCUGGGGAGCCUCUAUUCAUGCUUUACUGUGCCAUCAAGCAGCAGAUGGAGAAGGGACCCAUAGACGCCAUCACAGGAGAGGCCCGCUACUCCCUCAGUGAGGACAAGCUCAUCAGGCAACAGAUUGACUACAAAACACUGACGCUGCAUUGUGUAAACCCAGAGAACGAGAACUCCCCCGAGGUGACGGUCAAGUGUCUGAAUUGUGACACCAUCACUCAGGUUAAAGAGAAGCUGCUUGAUGCUGUGUACAAAGGCAGUCCCUAUUCACAAAGGCCAAAGGCUUCUGAUAUGGACCUGGAAUGGCGUCAAGGUCGGAUGGCCAGGAUCAUCUUGCAGGAUGAAGAUGUUACAACUAAAAUCGACAGUGACUGGAAAAGACUCAACACACUGGCUCACUAUCAGGUAACAGAUGGCUCAGUGAACGCCCUGGUGCCAAAGCAGAACUCUGCCUAUAACAUAUCCAACUCCUCCACCUUCACCAAGAGCCUCAGCAGAUACGAGAGUAUGCUGAGGACAGCCAGUAGUCCAGACAGCCUACGGUCCCGAACACCUAUGAUCACACCCGACCUGGAGAGUGGAACCAAACUGUGGCAUCUGGUGAAGAACCACGACCACUCAGACCAGAGAGAGGGCGACAGAGGAAGCAAGAUGGUUUCAGAGAUCUACCUGACUAGGCUUCUAGCUACAAAAGGUACACUACAAAAGUUUGUGGAUGACCUCUUUGAGACCAUCUUCAGCACAGCCCACAGAGGCAGUGCAUUGCCGCUGGCCAUAAAGUACAUGUUUGACUUUCUGGAUGAGCAGGCAGACAAACACUCCAUCACAGACUACGACGUACGACAUACCUGGAAGAGCAACUGUCUUCCUCUGCGGUUCUGGGUGAAUGUGAUCAAGAACCCGCAGUUUGUCUUCGACAUCCAAAAGAACAGCAUCACGGAUGCCUGUCUGUCUGUGGUGGCACAGACAUUCAUGGACUCCUGUUCAACAUCAGAACACAAACUAGGAAAAGACUCGCCUUCAAACAAGCUUCUGUAUGCUAAGGACAUCCCCAACUACAAGAAUUGGGUAGAGAGGUAUUACUCCGAUAUCUCCCGCAUGCCAGCCAUCAGUGAUCAGGACAUGAGUGCCUACCUAGCAGAGCAGUCCCGCCUGCACCUCAGCCAGUUCAACAGCAUGUCCGCACUGCAUGAGAUCUACUCCUACAUCAUCAAAUACAAGGACGAGAUCCUUUCGGCAUUACAAAAGGAUGACCAGUCACGCAGACAGCGGCUACGUGGCAAGCUGGAGCAGGUGAUCGACACCAUGGCCCUGGCUAGCUGAGGACUGGCACGUCUUAGCCAGCAGAGAACUGGCUAACCAACAUGCCUUCCCUAACAACCUUUGGUGCCCCAUGACAUUUUGACCCACGACAUUUGAAGUCUGUCAUCUUCACCCUAAUGAACAACAACCAAUGGCAGUGGAAAAAGACUGCACAGACACCCAGCAGCAGCGCACUGGAGAGACAGAAGUUUGAUGCUUUGGCCCCAUUGGCUUUGUUUUUUUUUUUUAUUGGGUUCUUCUUCUUCUCUGAGCCACUAACCCUACAACCAAAUUCAAUUGCACACCCAGCCUCAGCCAAUAUGGUCCUAAGCUCAGGAGGGUGUAUUUUCAUCAAGGCCCUCAUCAGAUCAGCUGUUGGGUACUUUGGCCACAAUCAGGACAGUUACAUGAGUGGUGGUGACCAAAGACUACUCUAAACAGGCUGGAGCUGAAAAGCUUCAGGAAAGGUGCAAGCUGGCAGGUUGUAUCUUUCCACAGCCGAAGCUACGGUUCAGACUGUGAACCAGUCAAAAUCCAGGAUAAUAAUGUGAUACUUGAUCCCUGUCAGGAAUUUGUCUUUUCUGUUGCUAUCCUCUACAGGGAGAUCAGAAGUCAGGGACAGCUGCAGAGCAGCAGAAACAUAACAGGCAGUGAUUCAGUGUGUUGUUUCGACACAUGGAUGUUUUGUAACAGCCUUCUGCUACUGCAGGGAAACCAGGAGGAUGGACUUUGUCACCAGUACUGACUCUGACUAUCAACAAGAAUUCCACUGCUGUAUUCUAACAUAGAAUACUGGCAGUUUCAUAAGUCUGCAUUUGAUUUAUUGCAUUUCGAUUUUUUUUCCUUCCCAGCUGCCUACUCUCCCCAGCGCUGUUCCACUUGUGUUACUGCUGAAUUUGCACAACAAAGUUGAAUCAAAAGACAGAAGAGGAUAUAUGAAUAUAUGAAAAUAUAUAUAUAUAUAUAUAUAUAUAUAUAUAUAUAUAGAUAUAUA